AUGCCUGGCGAUAAUUGUGCCUUCAAUCAAUGCGGUACAAGUCGAAGAUCGAAAGGAAUUGGGCUGUUCAAACUGCCAACUCCAAGGCGUUCCGACGAUGUUGAGACGAAGGAAUGGCGAGAAAAAGUUUUGGCCGUUCUGAAAAAAUAUCGUGUAGAAGAUGAAGGUUUCAAGCGUCAGCUAGCUGCUAAUACACUACACAUAUGUGAAAAACAUUUUCGUCCGGAAGAUAUCGAGAUAUAUGAAGGUGAGAAAAUGACCAAGAGAUUUUUGAAAAAAGGAGUCCUGCCUUCAUUAAACAUGCCAGUAAAAUCGUUUCACUUUACAAAAACAAAUUGUGUAAAAAGAGAACCAAGGACAGUUGUUCAGUCAAUUCCAAUUGAAGACAAACAACAUUUCUACUACAAGUCACUUCUGGAGCUAAAAAAGCGAGUUGGAAAACUUGUUUUAAAAGAUUGGUGUGUUGCAGAGACUGAUAAUGAAGAUUAUUUCACUCUAAAUCACAUGGAUUCAGAAUCUCUUGUACCAAAACUCAGCGUGAUGAUUGAUGAAAGUUUGAGUUUCACUAUCUCUGUCUUUGGGUACUUCAUACCAGGAAGCCACUUUCUGUACGAGGACUUUAGAAGGUCUGUUCGCAAUGUAACUGUGUCAGACCUGCUGCUUAAUCUUCACAGUCUCAUGAUUUGCUCAGGCAGCACAUCAUUAGGUGAUGAAGGAACUGUAAGGCAUGUUGUACCAAUAUUAGUGAAUCCAUUCGAGGGUGAUUCAGUAAACUCUCCGUUUCCUUGCAAAGAAUACAUCAGAGCAAAAAGCUGUUUGGUUCUGAUAAAAUCAGAUGAUGUUGGGGGCUGCAUGUGUAACAGCUGUUCUGACCUUGGGCUCAAGCAGGAAAAAAAGAAAAGAAAGUCAAGGGCAAAGCUUUCUGUUCCUGCACAAGCAAAGGCACCAAUCAAAGGGACAUCUGUUGAAAGAAUCAGACUUGCACUGCAGGAAAGCAGACUGCAAAACAAGCAAUUGCUGAAAGAAUUAGGGAAAAUGAAAGUUGAAAUAGAAAUGAACAGCAAGUCUUUAGACCACGAGCUUGACAAAGACCUACUUUCUAUUAUUGACAAGCAUUCACAAAAGAUGACCCCAUUCAUGAAGCUGUUUUGGGAGCAGCAAAAGAAAAUCUCAGACAGACCCUCUUUUGGUCGUCGUUAUCACCCCAUGAUCAUUAGAUGGUGCUUAUCAAUAAGCUCAAAAUCUGCAUCGGCUUAUGAAGAGCUGAGAGAAACUUUCAAGGAUGGGGGUUUAUUGGAACUUCCAAGCAAAAGGAUGCUUCAAAAUUAUCGAAAUGCAGUUUCUCCAAAGUGUGGCUUCAAUCCUGAUGUCAUUGCAGAUUUGAUUGAUGCUUCUAGAGACUACCAAGGCCUCCAGCGCUAUAUUGUGUUGCUUGUUGAUGAAAUGAAGGUGCAAGACAAUCUUGUAUGGAAUAAACAUUCUGGAAAACUUGUUGGGUUUGUUGAUUUAGGUGAUCCUGACACGAAUUUUGCAACCCUUAAAGAAACAGAUGCAUUGGCAACACACAUGCUGGUUUUUAUGAUAAGAGGGAUUCAGACAAAGCUCAAAAUGUCAAUGGCAUAUUUUGCUACAACCGCUGUCACUGGUCACCAGAUGUUUCCAAUCUUUUGGAAGGCAGUUGGGUUAUUAGAAAUGACAUGCAAGCUUGCUAUCAUUGCUGUUAUUUGUGAUGGUGCAUCAUCCAACAGGAAUUUUUUUAAAAUGCAUGAAGACUUGGACGGAAGAGGAAGUGCAAAUAUUGUUCACAGGACAUUGAAUUUGUUUGCCAAAGACAGAUACAUCUACUUCUUCAGUGACCCUCCACACUUAGUGAAAACAAGCAGAAAUUGUCUACACAAUUCAGGGUCAGGUCGAGGUUCCCGUUUGAUGUGGAACAAUGGAUGUUAUCUCUUGUGGAGCCACAUAUCCACUCUGUAUUACAAUGAUCUAGAGAAUGGUCUACAUUUUUUGCCCAAGCUUACUACUGAACAUGUUGAGCUGACUUCAUUUUCUGUUAUGAAAGUAAACUUGGCAGCACAAGUUUUGAGCCAAACUGUAGCAAACAUUUUAAGAGAUUUUGGGCCUCCUGAUGCAGCAGCCACUGCUGAAUUCUGUGAGCACAUUGACUCUUUCUUUGACUGCAUGAAUGUGAGGUCACUCAAGGAAGGUUAUGGUAAACGGAAACCAUAUUUGCUACCAUACAGAAGUCUUGAAGAUGAAAGGUUGACUUGGCUGAAAGAAACCUUUCUGAAGUACCUUGAGACUUGGAAAAGUAGUAUUGAGAGGAGAGAGGGGACAUUUUCAGAGGCUGAUAAAGCCAAGAUGUUCAUCUCAAAACAGACACAUGAAGGUUUCAUGAUCACGGUGCACUCCUUAAUUGAAACUGUAAGAUUUCUUUUAAGUAGUGGGAUGGAGUAUGUCUUGUCAAAUCGUUUCUGUCAAGACCCUUUAGAAGAAUAUUUUGGAAAACAAAGAGGCAUUGGUCGACGAAAUGAAAAUCCAACUGUGAAAGAUUUUGGAUAUAAUGACAAUAUUAUAAGAGUUCAAAGAUCAGUGUUACAGAUCAAAGGCAAUGUGACUUCUACAAAAAAAAGUUCAGAAAAACGCUGGAAAGAAACCACAGAUGAACCUCUUCUCACAAAAGAAACAAUCAAGAAAAGAAAACUUGACUCGUAA